UCAAAUAGAUAUAUGCCUUUUAUUAUUUUAAACUACGUACAAUGAGAAUAGAGUACAUUUUUUUAAAUAUAAAAUAAAAAAUAAAAAAAUUCCACCUCAUUCAUCAAUUUUACUUUCCUUCUGAUUCUCAUCCAUCCCUACCAAAAAAGAAAACGCGGACGCAGGUGUGAAAUAGACCCGAUAGCUAUCUCACCACAAAAGUGUCCUCUGUAAACCAUCUCCGACGGCGCAUUCUCCGGUCACCGUUAACUAUCAGCAGCAAAUGGAGAUCGCUCCGGCAUCUUGCGGAUACUCGGUGGGUCACAUCCGCCGCUUCGACCAUAUUAUUCCUAAAAAAAUUGUCCGCACGAGGACUCGGAGUCGAACUCAGACGACGACGUUAUUUCCCUGUAUAGUGGCAAGCAAUUCGGCUACAGUUGAAUCCAAAUCUCGGAAUCGGAUGUUUAUUAUGGGAAUGGGUUUUGUGGGACAGUUUUUCGCUCAGGACUUGAAGAACCAAGGAUGGGUUGUAUCUGGAACUUGCACCGACAUUGUGAAGAAGAAGAAACUCGAGGAGAUGGGAUUUAAUGUUUUUGUUUUCGAUGCAAAUAAGCCAGAACCAGAAGUCCUAAAUGUUUUGAACUAUCAUACGCACCUCCUCAUCUCCAUCCCCGUUCUUAAGGGUAUUGGUGACCCGAUUCUUCAGCAUGAAGAACUUCUAAAAAGUAGACUGAUGGAUGGAGACCUCCAGUGGCUCUGUUAUUUGUCAUCAACAAGUGUAUAUGGAAAUUGUGGUGGUGCAUGGGUGGAUGAGGAUUAUCCAAUUAGCCCUACAAGUGAAGUGGCUAAAGCAAGGUCAACUGCUGAGGAAAGAUGGUUAAAGUUAGGUCAUGAUCUUGCGCUUUCAGCACAAAUAUUUCGACUUGGAGGUAUCUAUGGGCCUGGCAGAAGUGCUGUUGACACCAUAAUUAAGCAGAAGUCUUCAUCAGCAAGUCAGAGAAUGAGGGCAUCCAGGAAUUACACUUCAAGAGUUCACGUUGCAGACAUUUGUCAAUCACUCAAGGCCUCUAUCUACAAGCCAUCGCCAGGGAAAAUCUACAACAUCGUAGAUGAUGACCCUGCCCCACGGAUUGAAGUAUUUACAUUUGCACGGGACUUAAUUGAGAAGAAAUGGCCUGGCCAUAUCAAACAAAUCACAUCUGAUGAUAGAUCAGAAUCAAUUAUCCCAGAGGGAACUUCAAGGGGUGAAAAGCGAGUCUCAAAUGCACGCAUGAAGAAAGAACUAGGAGUGACGCUACUUCAUCCAAGUUAUGAAUCAGGGUUGCAGAGCAUUAUCAAUCAUAUGGAUAAUCCAAUUCCGUAUAGUCCUUUGGGUUAACGAAGUACUACAGUAUUAUGCUAUAUCUACAUUUGGCUUUGUAUGAAGAAGAUUUGGUGUCAGUCAAAUCUUAUUGAUUUAUAGAUGUAAAGUUUGUUUGUUUA